AUGAAGGUACAUACAUACAAAGACUCACUUGUCAACACGACUCCACCUUGGUUCGCUACCUUGUCUGGCGCCUUCCCAAAAAGAUCGUAUGUAAUUCAAAGGGUGUGUUGCAUAUUGAAUCAAACUGAUUUUCCUAGAGACGAUGAUGAAUGUCGAGCAUAUCUUCACAAUUUCGAUCUUAUUCGCCCUUUUGAUCAUAACAAAAUCCGAACCACUGCUGUCGAAUCCGAUCAGAUUCUCGAUGUCACAAGUGAUUUGGUGACGUCAUACUCCCAACACCUCGAAACAAGACACGAUAAUCUUCUCGAAUCACUAUUUGAUGACGAAACAUACACAAAACUUUACAGCUACAAGCAUCUCAUCAACGGUUUCGCAGUCCAUAUUUCUCCAGAACAGGCAGAAACGCUAAGGCGAACCCCUGGUGUGAAAUCAGUGGAUCAAGAUUGGAAAGUGAGGAAACUUACAACACACACCCCUCAAUUUUUGGGGCUUCCAACUGGAGUUUGGCCAACUGGUGGUGGAUUUGAUCGGGCUGGAGAGGAUAUCGUGAUCGGAUUUGUGGAUUCCGGGAUUUUCCCGCAUCAUCCGAGCUUCCGGAAUUCUGAUUCCGAACCUUAUGGGCCACUUCCGAGGUAUAGAGGGAAAUGUGAAGUUGAUCCCGAUACGAAGAGGAGUUUUUGUAAUGGAAAGAUUGUUGGGGCUCAACAUUUUGCAAAAGCCGCUACGGUUUCUGGCGCGUUUAAUCCUUCCGUUGAUUUUGCUUCUCCGUUGGAUGGUGAUGGACAUGGAAGUCACACUGCGGCGAUUGCUGCUGGAAAUAAUGGAAUUCCGGUGCGAGUGCAUGGAUAUGAAUAUGGAAAAGCAAGUGGAAUGGCUCCUCGUGCUAGGAUUGCGGUGUACAAGGCACUCUACAGGCUAUUUGGAGGCUUCGUUGCUGAUGUCGUUGCUGCCAUUGAGCAGGCAGUUCACGACGGUGUCGACAUUCUGAACCUCUCCGUUGGGCCGAAUAGUCCUCCGGCCACCACAAGAACCACUUUUUUAAACCCAUUUGACGCCGUUCUUCUCUCCGCUGUAAAAUCGGGAGUUUUUGUCGCACAAGCAGCGGGAAACGGAGGCCCUUUUUCAAAAACGUUAGUGUCUUACAGCCCUUGGAUCGCAUCUGUAGCUGCAGCUGUUGAUGAUCGGAGAUAUAAAAACCACUUGACACUUGGAAACGGAAAGAUCCUCGCUGGAAUUGGCAUGUCACCUGCUACACGUUUGAAUCAAAAAUACACCCUUGUAGCAGCCAAUGAUGUGUUAUUGGAUUCUUCCGGAAAGUCAAGUACAUCUGAUUGCCAAAAACCCGAAGUUUUAAACAAAAAUAUGGUAAAAGGAAACAUACUUUUAUGUGGGUAUUCCUUCAAUUUCGUCAUUGGAACAGCAUCAAUGACUAAAGUCGCACAAACUGCAAAAACACUCGGUGCAAUUGGUUUUGUUCUUGCGGUUGAAAACACGUCUCCGGGAACAAAAUUUGAUCCUGUACCUGUUGGAAUCCCUGGAAUUCUCAUCACCGAUGUUAGCAAAUCCAUGGACCUUAUAGACUACUACAACGUCUCAACUUCAAGGGAUUGGACAGGGCGCGUGAAGAGCUUUAAAGCAGUGGGGUCCAUUGGAGAUGGUUUGGAGCCGAUUCUUCACAAAUCAGCACCAAUGGUGGCAUUAUUUUCAGCUCGAGGGCCAAACAUAAAAGAUUACAGCUUUCGAGAUGCGGAUCUUUUGAAACCCGAUAUUUUAGCACCCGGAUCUUUGAUUUGGGCUUCUUGGUCCCCGAAUGGAACCGAUGAGGCUAAUUACAUAGGAGAACACUUUGCUAUGAUUUCGGGAACUAGCAUGGCUGCACCACAUAUAGCUGGGAUUGCAGCCCUUGUGAAGCAGAAGCACCCUAGGUGGAGCCCUGCUGCCAUCAAGUCGGCUUUAAUGACAACAUCAAAUACACUUGAUAGAGCCGAGAGACCAAUUCUAGCCCAACAAUAUUCGGGUUCUGAGACUAUGACAUUUGUUCCUGCCACCCCGUUUGAUUAUGGCAGCGGCCAUGUCAACCCUAGAGCCGCCUUGGAUCCCGGUCUCAUUUUUGAUGCAGGUUAUCAAGAUUAUCUAGGGUUCUUAUGCACAACACCCGGACUCGACUCACACGAAAUCCAAAACUACACACACCAACCAUGCAACUACACACUCGGCCACCCGUACAAUCUAAACUCACCCUCAAUUGCUGUUUCCCAUCUCGUAAGAACUCAAUCCAUAACACGAACAGUCACAAAUGUUGAUGAAGAAGAGACAUACACAAUCACAGCUAGAAUGUCACCAGCUGUAGCCAUUGAAACGAGCCCUCGAGCCAUGACCCUCAAACCGGGUGCAACCCGAAACUGUAUACUAGCCCAACAAGUAAAUUGUAUACUGACCCAAAACGAUAUCAUACAACCCACAAAGGAGAUAAAACAGCCCACACGCUCCUCCCUUCUCUCCGAUCGUUCGAUAGCUACAAAAAUUCAUAAAAAUCGUAGAACAAUCUCUUCCCUUCGGCUUGAAUUGAUUGCAGGUUAUUAG